AUGCAGUCGCGGCGCACACGAACAAACCCCGAGCUCCUAUGCAAGCGGCGAGUGGACGCAAGAGACAGCCACGCCAGCCGAGCUACGAUUGCCAUGACCACAGGCCCCAGGACGCUGUGGAAUUUUACCCUCAGAAGUGCUUGCUUGACCUUCAACAGGGGGCCGUGUGGGAUCAUUGCCUUAAUUUUGGGCUGCACCGAGCAGAACAAGGGAGCAACCACCGUUAGUGCAGUCCGCCUGGUAUGCCAGCAACUAGAUGAAGAUCUCUACAACAAUUGCGCCCCAUUCGGAGUCAGUGGUUCUUAUGGGCCACCUUUUAAGAUCAUCCGCGUUCCUUAUGGCAGCAUAGUGGUUGGAAAAGGGACAGCAUACCGUCUCCGGGAGGAAGUCUCGUGCGAAGUGGAUAUAUAUCGCAUCCUUCAAAAGGCUUAG